ACCACACAAACCACUGCCAGGCCUCUCCAUUAGUCGCUCUGAGUAUUCAGGAUGUUGCCGGGCUCUAUCCACAUGUCGGGGGAGACCCUGUCUGGGGCGGAGGUGAAGGGGGUAUGUGAGGGGCUGAUGGAGGGCAGCGUACGGCUCCUCUCCCUGCGCGGGUGCCACCUCUCAGACAGGGACUUUGCCCGGCUUUGUCAGGGGGUGGCCCAGUCUCCCUCCUUGGUUCAGUUGAACCUUAACCUUGGCGUUGUGUCCAGUGCCUCCCGCGCCCAGCAGCUGGCACAGUCCCUGCAAAAGAACCGCUCACUGCAGUCUCUCUUCUUACACGGGAACCCACUAACGGACACAGGACUCGCGCUCCUGAACCCCGCACUGGCCGGACACCCCUCCCUGGUCUCCCUAGAUCUGGGGGACUGUCUGCUUGGUGAUGAGGGCAUCAGUCAGAUCUGUGGCCUCCUCCCACCUGAUGGAGCCAAGCCAGGGCUUCGUGAACUGACCCUUUCGGCCAAUCCAGCCAUCACCUGCACUGGAUGGGCCCGUCUGGCUGUCGCUGUGGCUCACAGUUCUCAAGUGAGGACCCUGAACCUGGACUACAACCCGCUGGGUGACCACAUCGCCUCCAUGUUGGCCGUGUGUGUGGCCUCCAGCCGUACUCUGGAGAUUCUGGAUUUGGAAGGGACGGGUCUCAGCAAUUUGUCCGCCCAGAUUCUGCUGGACAUGAUCCAGAAUUAUCCGACACCACUGAGGUCUCUGGUCUUGUCUGAAAACAACAUCAGCAUGGAGCUGCAGCAGCAGAUCGCCGACCUUCUCACUGAAGGGGAAGAUGACGAUGAGAGCGAAGGCCCCGGACAGGAGCCCCCCAUCAGGGAGAAGGGGCUGAAGAGUAAUCUGGGUCCCGGACCGCACAGAGUCCUCCUGACCUCCGGCCUGGGUGACAGCCUCCUCGCCGAGACAGAGAUGUGAGCGCACUGACACGGCACUUCUUCAGGAUAACCCGAAUGAUGGCGUCCUGAGCGGCCGCACAUCGGAGGAGACGGGCAUCCUCUUCACAUAUUGCACAGAUCAGAGGAACACGGGAAGAUUGUAUUUAUUGGUGGUGUGUGUGUGUGUGUGUGUCCCGGA